AUGUAUUCUCCAGCUUCUUUCGAGGAGGUCAUCUUCUUCAACGCGCCACAAGAAUGCCGUGUAAUCGUCGUCACGAUGAGGAAGGCUUUGAGUCAAUUCUUCGGCAUUAACCGAAUCACCCCGCUCGGCACAGGCCAGCCUUUGCUCAUGAUCGUGGCUGGGAUUUCAAGUCCAUCUGGAGAGAUGUGUCUGCAGGAGUUGUGGAAGACGAACCCGAAGACUCAAAUCGUCAGCGCUCUGAGCAAUCCCCCGCUGUGCGUGGUGCUGCAGGGAGGCGAUACGUCUGAUGGAGGCGAGAUAAUCUUAUCCAAGUGUUCGCGGGCUUUAGAAGAAGGCGACGGGAGAUCGGGCUGGUCCUUUCAGGGCAAUUCACAGCUACGGAUCGGCAAGGCAGGCUCCUGGUGUUUAACGCAAAAGAACGUCAACGGUUCUUCCGCUGGCUUUGCCGACAUAGUUGCCAGCACAGGAGCAACAGCAGAGUCCUCCAGCAACGCUGAUGAGGCACACGGGCCUCAGAAAGCUAUAGAUAGAGACACAGACACUUCGUGGGCCUCUGAGCUAUUCGAAGAGCCAGACGAAUACCCAGUCACCCUCGACGUCAACUUGGGGAAAGUGAUGCGGCUUGCAGCCACAAGGAUUCACUGGGAGCAACCGGCCUUGGCAUACACGGUGCAAGUCAGCGUAGACGGCAUGACAUAUAUGGAUGUCGUUCAGAACGACGCGAAUCCGUCUGUGUCUACCAAAGACCCCAUGGACGGUGUUGCUGCUUCCAUAGUCCGCAUCCGCAUGCAGCGGCCGCACCCGCGUCUGGGGAAGGUUGAGGAGAAGUACCGCUACGCAAUCAAGGAGAUCAGCAUCCUCGCCAACAAGCUCGAAUCCGCAAUCGGCGACUGCAGGGAAUCAGCCAACUCGGACGAUGCGCGCGACAAGUAUUUCAUUUCUUACGUCACAGGGGUCGACCCAGCCUUUGUGCAAAAAACCGCAAAGCUGGGUGUUGACGUCAUUGCCAAGAUGAAGAACCUCCAGCAGCUGGCGGCAAAUGUUGAAGAACGCUUCACAGAAAUGGAAGAGUGCAGGGAUGACAAAAAACAACAGAAACAACACAUCGCGACACUCCGCCACGACGCCGGCCGUCUUCUCUCCAGCUUUCAAACUGCAACAGAAAAGCCAAAGGCCUAUUCGGUUCAUCAACUGCUCCCAGGUGACGGGGAGGAACAUCCUGCCCUCGACUGCUACUGGAUCAAGCAGAAGACCCCGCAUGCAAUUUCGGGCUUUUACUGGUAUUUCGGGAUUCCGAUAUUCCUCGUGCUGAAAAUCGUCCCGCCGGCCUCCUUGCCUCUGUUGCCGACAUCCGGAAAGCGUGCGGCUCCACGAUUGGCUGCUGCUGCAGGAGUUAACUUGGAGGGAGGAGAAGGCAUUCCCAUAGCCUACGAUCUGGGGUGCAGCUACGGUGCCUGCAGUUCAACUUUUCACGAUUUGUUUGACGGCACGACGGAUCUCACCGGCCUGGUGCUUGCGUUUGCGUCUGCUUACAGCAGCGCGACGGCAACCUCAGACACCGCAGACAGCAGCAGCGCGCCACCUGUCUUUGGAUCUGAAGGCCUGUACUCAGAACGCAGCGGCAUCUGCAGGGCAGCAGUUCACGCGGGAAUCAUUGGAGAUGGCGGAGUGUUCACUGCCUCCAUCGAAUCUCCUCUUCUCUCAUUCGAGGGAUCGAAGCAAAAUGGCGUGGAGUCUAAGUCCCUUGAGCUGUCGUCAGGAGAGGCAACAAGAAGUAUGCGCCUAUCCAAGAUUACCGAGGUAUCGCGCUUCUUUUUUUCUUCCCUUUACGUCCGUGUGUCUCAAGAGAUGGAUGCACGCAUACAGGAGUGCCCAGAAGGCCCCACAGGGCAGUCCGCUACCUCUCCCUCUGUUCUGGGGGCGCCUCUGACUUCGUUUGUGGAACUGACGACUCGCGUCCUCUCGGAAUCUCCCGCUGCAGCACCUCCGGCCUAUGAUCCUGCCCUGGAGGAAGCGUCAGAGGCGGCUAAGGACCGCAUCUCAUCCGCAGCGGCGGCAACGCAGCUGGAGAAUGUGCGCGAAGAGCUGCAACAUCUGGAAGAGACACACGCAGCGCAGCAGGGAUUUCAAGACUAUGAGCUGAAGCCGCUUGAGACGACGUUCGAACACGAAUUCACAGUGGAGGAUAGUCCGUACACGCGAGACGGUCCCAGCCACUGGGGCUUUGCUCUACUCGUUGCAAAACACCAAAAUGUCUUCGGACAAUCAUCGCCCAUUCGCGGAUUCGCCGAAGUGGAGGGAACAUUUGCUCUCCUCAAACAGCGAAAAUUUUACGACUUCAUCCUACGCGUGCAGUUCCUACCGAUGGGCAGCGGGAGUGUGGGAAUUGGGUUUCGGAUGAAGGAUAGGGAAAACGGGUUUUUGCUGCUGAUGCAGCAAAAGAGUGGCAGCAAGAAGUUGGUUCGUCUGGAGAAGGGAAAGCUCCAUACAAUUGCAGAACGCAAGGACGGCGGCUUCGUACAGGGCAUUUGGCACAAAGUCCGAAUUCAGGCGGCCGCGGGCCACUUGAAGGUCUGCAUGGGGCAGGAGGGAGAAGAAGAGGCAGAAGUUCUGAA